CAAGGAGCAGCGUGGGCGGUAUAACUAAGCUCUGUUUCAAUUUUUUUUAUUUACUUUGUUUGGCAAUGGCUUAAAUAGCACUGGUUUUUUAGCCAAAAAAGUUGUGCCCGUUUGGGAAUUAAGUUUUAAAGAUACUAAAAAAGCAUUUGCCAAACUCAACCUGAAAGAAUAGCCUAAAGAAUGAAAGACUUUUUCAUAUUUUUAUAGUUUUACACUUACUGGAUUUUUUUUUUCUUUCUGCUCUGUGCUGCUGCAGUUUUACUCUUAUUGAUUUUUUUUUUCUUUUCUGUUUUGUGCUGCUGCAGUUCUCCACUUACAGUUUUUUUUUCCUGCCCUAUGCUGCUGCUAUUUUAGCUAUUUUGGGGUUGUUUUGGGGCUGUUUCGGUGCUGUUUUUGCUGCUGUUUUUGGUCUAUUUUUGCUGUAUUUAGAAGUUUUUUGAAAAAGAACAGAAAAAAAAGGAAAAUGAAAUAGAAAAGAAUCGGUUUAGUUUAUUCAUUUUUUCUCCCCAUUGAAGUGUUGUUUGUGGAUUGAUUCUUUUUGUUCUGUGUCUUUUUUUUUUCUUUUUUUUUUCUCCCUUUGGAUGGAUUUUUUCUCCCCAUUCACGUCCAUGUUUCAAUCUGAAUUUUAGAGAUCUAUUGAACAUGCACUGGCUUUUCCUCUUCUUUCUUGGAGUUUGGUCUAAUUUCAUUUAUUUACUUGUUGAUAAAUUUGUGAGCUAGGAUAUAUUAGGAUCCAUGUAUUAGGCUAAAUUAACUUAUUUUGCCACUGUAGCAAUUGGUAACAACUCUCUCUCUCUCUCUCUCUCUCGCUCUCUCUCUACUUGAUAUAUGAAAAUUGUUAAUGAUAUCAUCAUUUUUUUUUAAUAUUAUGCUUGUAAUCUUCUCUCUCUCUGUGAAAGUGUAUAUUAAUUCAAGUUUAAUUGUUUUACAAAGCUCUAGUUUGUCCUUGACCUCAGCACCUUUAGGUAAUUGAGUUGAAUUUGAAUUUCUUAAAUCUUUAACCUCAGCUUGUUUAGGUAAUUGAGUUGAAUUCGAAUUUCUCAAAUCUUUGACAAGCUGCACACGAUUUAUUACUGUUGAAUCUACUCCAUGCUUGUCAUAUCCUGCUAAAAACAGGGCCAUUAGUAGAGGCAUAUAACAAAAUUAAUUAAAAAAUGUUCACCAGGGCAUCACUAUCUGCAAAUUCCCUGUUUGUAAAUGAUGAAUAUGAUGGUUUUUGUGAAAUCUUGUUUUCAUUUGACGGGAAUUAUGUAAAAAAAUUAAUAAAUGUGUUGGGUAACAUUAGGUGACUGAAAUUGUUGUUGAUGGUGAUUAUUCUGUUAUUAUUGAGAGAAAUGUUUCUCCCCAAAAUCCUGGUAUCUGCAUGGUCUGAGUUUGGCUUUGGAUUGAGUUUUAUUCUUGUUAUUAAAUCGUACAAAUCAUGGCUUCCUUUUUCUUUUGUCCUUUGCGGUGGUUUCUUGUUUUAUUUCACCAUAUUGUUGAAUGGGCAAGGAACUCUGAGAGAUCUGAGCAAGGGAGGGAGGGAUCUUUGUUUGGACCAAAUAGAACCGUUCAUGGAAACACCCAUGGAUAUUAAGCCUUCAAUCAUUGAAGGAGAAAAUUUCUGCGGAAACCUGGAUAAUCCUGGAAUGCCUGAUGAUCCUUCCAAGGCUGUAACAGGAGAAAUUGGCAGUCCUGUAAAUCCAGAUGAGGAAGUAUGUUUUCGGUUCCAACAUUAGCUUUACGAUAAAUUCCAUGACAUCAUUUUCGUAAAAUAAGUAUAACGCUGUGUACAUAUUUAUGCUCCAUGCAAGCUUUUUAACUACUAAUGUUAGUUUUUUGACAAAGUUUGACUUUAACCAUUAUGGUCCAAAUAAGCAUUUCUGUAUAGUCUGAGCAUUUUCCUUUUAUUUUCCUGGGAUCUAAGUAAAUCGUGAGUUGAAGUGAACCUGAGAUCCAAUUUUCAUAGGGGUAAGGUGUAACCAAAUCUCAAGAGUGAAUUUUUGUCACUGUUUCAUCCUAAGAAGCAUGGAUAUUUCUAAGAAAGUAACAUGUUGUGUCCGAUGCCGACAUGGCACGACACUCGGCGAACACUUCUGAAUACUUAGAUACACAUGAAACACAUUACAAGUUUAAAUGAAAUAACUUGAAAUUCAAUGAUAAAACAAAAAUAAUCUAAAUUUGUAUAUAUUCUUCUCCUUUAGACUUUAUUUUGCACGUGUCCUCCACGUGUUGUGUCCGUGUCCGUGUCCGUGUCCAUACUUCUUAGGUUUCAUCAAAUUUCACUUGUUUUUUAUUUUUAUUAUUAUUUAUUUAUUUUUCAGUAAAUGGCUUAUCUUUUGGUAAAGUAAGCAUUUAUUACCAAAAAGGAAAAAUUGGACAAUGAAGCCCAGUACACGUACCCUUGGGUACCCAAACCAACCCCAAAGGGCACACAUAUCUCAAAUAAGAGAGAACACAAGCCUAGCCCAAUUUAAAAUUACAUUCCUCGCAGCUCAAUAGGCUAGGCCACAAGCAUAUGGUAAAUUAAAGGUAUCAAG